AUGAGAGACCAUGUAUUAGCGAUAGAAUACCUGCAUCAAGCCACCGCCUCUUCGUGCUCCAAUGACGCGAUCCAAGCAAAAACGUUGCUGGGCUUUUGCUACGAAUUCGGUCUGGGGCUGCCUAAAGAUUUCAAAGCGGCUGAACAGCAUUAUCUUGCCGUCACGCAAUCGGUACUUAUCGACAAGAACGAGACGACGUGCGACGCGAUGCGUGGAUUAGCGUUAAUUCGACUGGCUUUUUUACGUAAAUACGGACGACCAGGCGUUCGAAUCAAUCGAGUGGAAGCGGACUAUUGGGAAAAUCAGGUGCAACGUUCGGGACGUUCCGCUAUCGCGUGGCUUCGACGGACCGCGACUGAGUACCAAUGUGGUGCGAGCCAAUACUGCUUGGGUGUAUGUUACCAUGACGGUCUGGUCGUUCAAAAAGACGAAUACGAAGCUUUCAAGUGGUACAAGCGGAGCGCGGAAGGAGGCAACAGCCACGGACAAAGCGUGCUUGGUUACUGCUACGGUGAAGGGUUCGGAGUUCCCAAGGACGAACUAAUGGCCAUGACAUGGUACCGUCGCGCUGCCAACCAAGGCGAAACCGUGGCCAUGUACAACGUCGGCUACUGCUAUGAAGAUGGCAUUGGGGUUCCAAAAGAUGUCACUGAGGCUGUCAAAUGGUACAGAUUGGCCGCGCAACAAGGCAACGCUUUUGCCCAGAAUUCGCUCGGAUACUGCUACGAAGACGGAAUUGGCGUGGGACAGGAUCGAACGCUUGCUGCGGUAUGGUACGCUCGAUCGGCGUGUCAGGGGUAUCCUUGGGCUGAGUGCAACCUUGGUUACUGCUACCAAAACGGGAUUGGACUCGCUCGUGACCCCACCACAGGCGCCUACUGGUAUCGUCGAGCGGCAGAACAGGGCCACGCACGCGCACAACACAAUCUCGGAUUUUGCUAUCAGAACGGAAUCGGCGUCGACAAGGAUCCACUCAAAGCCGUGGCAUGGUAUAAAAAAGCGGCCGAGCAAGGCAACGUGUUUGCCUAUCAUUCGUUGGGCUAUUGUUACCAAAAUGGAGUUGGCGUCCCCGUCAGUAGCCAGGACGCUGUGUAUUGGUACCUUUUAAGUGCUGAACAAAAUCACGCCCCGGCCCAGCUAUCGCUUGGUUUCUGCUACCGAAACGGAUUUGGCGUGGAGAAGAACGAAGCCGAAACGGUCCGUUGGUUUGAGAAAUCGGCCGAGCAAGGCAACCCUUUGGCUCAGAACUCGCUUGGUUUUUGCUACGAGGAAGGACUGGGUUUGACCAGGGACCCCAAACGUGCCGUGUAUUGGUAUCUCAAGUCCGCCAAGCAAGGGAAUCCGUGGGCCCAAUGUAACCUUGGUUUCUGUUUCGCCAAUGGGAUCGGUGUAGCGGUGGAUCCGGCCAAAGCCGUGUAUUGGUACCGCAAAGCGGCGUUGCAGAACCAUGCGCGCGCACAGGCCAAGUUGGGUCUUCAUUUGCAAGCUGGAGUGGGUAUCGAACGCGACGCCGAAGCCGCGGUGAGUUACUUUUUGAUGGCGGCAAAACAAGGCCAGGUCAUGGCCCAGUAUCAUCUCGCGACAUGCUACGAACACGGGAUUGGCACCGACAAGAAUUUGCAACAAGCCCUUAUUUGGUACGAACGAGCUGCCUUGGCAGGUUGCCCGACUGCGCAUGAGCAAUUACGACGGUUGCUAGUGCGCUACUGUUUGGAAAAUCGGAUUUCUGCAGCUGACCGAAUGCAUUCCAUGGAACAGUACCUUGCAGAUUGGAUACUAGGCUAUGCAGCUCCCGCUGCCUAA